AUGAUGCGUGAGGAUGAUGAGGGGUUAGGCGCCGGCGCCAGCUCGGGGCCAGGCGCAGAGGUCAAGUUCUGUGGUGGCUCUACGUCCAGGCUGGACGGAGCUUGGCACUGCUCAGUGCUGCCAAGUGGCACUGGCAGCGAGUUGAGGUCGACUGGACCUGUGUCGGGUACUGGAAGUGCAAUACCUCUCAGCGUGCCCUUGAUAAUGGGAGACAGAGGCUCCUGUCUCUUUUGGAAGGCUGAGCCUUGUAGAAUAUGGUCAGUGUCCACUGCUGGUAGUCGGCUAGGGCACCUAGGCCAAUUCGUGGAGUGCCCUAUUGGUGGCACUUCUGGAAUGGCACCUUCUGAUGAGGCGGGAAAUCAAGUAGUGUGUGCGGCGUACGUCACACUUAAGGGCGUUCCCAACUUGGGAGACGCUGGAAUGGGCUACCUAAAUAUGGAUUACAGCGAAAAUGUUGUUCCUCAGUCAGAAAAUUCUAUAUUGGAUCUGAGGGAAGAGCACCAGUUACUUAUCAAAUCAAAGUUUAGGGUGGAUGUUAGGGCGAACUUGUCUCCUCCAUCCACCAAGCUGUUCCCAUCCUUCAAUUCCUCAAAUGCUCACUGGUUUCCUCCUCCUCCUCCUCCUCCUCCUCCUCCUCCUCCUCCUCCUUUUCCUCCUCCUCCUCCUCCCCCUCCUCCUCCUCCUCCUAUUGAUCUUAUCAUGAGGAGGAGUCAGGUUAAAGCUGAUGUUACUGCUGCUUCUCUUGUUAUCAUUAUUACUGAUGUUGCUCUCAUUCUGUAUCCUCAUCUUAACUGCUCUUAUUCUUUUUUUCUUCUCCUCAGGUUGUCUCUUCUUGAAGUCUUCUGCAAAAUGGCUUCCUCAGCACCUGUUGUUUCUUCCAAUGAUUUACGAAAUGUAAAACGGAGCCUGUUUGUGAGGAAGUACGGAAAGAAGGUGGUUCACCUCAUAUACACCUUCCACUUUCUCCACGGACAACACAGGAGCAUCCGAGAGAUUCUCACCGACAACCAAGUCCCACUACAAGGGAGGAGAUGUCUCUUCAACGACCAGGACAUCAGAAAUCUCACAGAGAAGCUUCCGGAAGAUCUGGACAUCACAUUGAUGAACAAAAUCGUCCAGGCUCUUUGGCAAAAGGGGGUAAAUGACCCUGGGGAUGAAUUAAAAGGGUUAUUAAAAAAGAUCAAAGAUGAGAGGAACUUUGUUAGCCAUGAAGAGACUCAAAUGUCAGAACCAGAAUUGGAAAGUAAACUCAGAGGCUUUCAAGCAACACUCGAGGAAACUCUUGAGAAAAUCAAGUCUCUCUUUCCAUCUCAUGGUCCUGACACUGACCAGCUUAAUGCAGAGAUCCGAAAUGCUGUUCCGAAGCUCCUUGAAAAGAUCCGUGAGAAAUAUGAUCCCUCAAACCCCCAGGAUGUACAAAGACUCAAAGAAGAAAUAUUAGAGUUUAGGAGUGAGUUUUAUGAGAUGAUACAAGAAUCAUCAGCAGCAGAGCUCCUGUCUCUUAAUGAGCGCCUCUGUCAGAUUUUGCCCUACGACUGGCUCCCUGACCAUGGUACUACAGAUCCAGGACAGAUUAUGGUACCUCUACAAGUGGCGGAUGAUCAGGAGUUAAAUAGAGGUCCCCUUGGCAAUAAAAGUAUCAAUGUAAAUCAAAAAGAAAUCUUCAACAUAAAAGGCCCAAUGGGAAAAGACCCUGAAGUUGUGAUUAUAUCUGGCGAUGGAGGUUCUGGAAAGACCACAAUUCUUUGUUCCUAUGCAGAGGGAUGGUGCAAGAACACAAAUGAUGUGCCAGAACUCUCUUCCUUCCCAUUUCUGCUCAGCAUGCAGUUCAGGAAUCAUGACCACGACAACUUUGAUGACUACCUGUAUAGUUUGAUUCCACAAACUGUUGCUCUAUAUCCCUUUGACCUUGUCAAAUCGGUAGUCCUGGAUUCAAAGUGUUUGGUCUUGUGUGAUGGCUACGAUGAGGCCAAUGAGAAUUCAAGAAAACUCUUCCAAGAGUUUUUAAAACUGAAUUCAAAUAAGAUGAAGUUUGUUGUCACGACGCGUCCAGGGAACACAGAGGGACUAACCAAUAUUGUGAACAAAGCACAGCGUUCCAGAAUCAAUCUCAAAGUUUCAGGUCUUCAGAAAGAGCAUAUGAAAUCGCUCUCAGAAAAGCUCAUUGGCCACCUGCUGAAAGAUAAUGUCACCCAGCAGGAGCAAAUGAAAAAGGAGCUGCUUCAGAAAAUAAAAGAAAUGAACACUGGAACUAGAGCCAUCCUGCAAACCCCACUGUAUUUCAACCUCUUCGUUCUCCUUUGCAUUGAGUGUCCAGAUCUAAGGGAUGAAAUGAGCACCAGGACAUCGGUCUACUUACAGCUGAGAAGGCAUAAGAUGAAGAGAAUCUCCGACAAGACAGGAAUCACUGAAGAAUCGCUGGAGGAAUUUGAUGCACUGUACAAAAAAUGGUGUCUGAAACAUUACCUUGAGAAAAAAUAUGAAUAUUCCGAGGCAGAUGUAAGAAGCUUUAAAAGGGAGAUUAGUUCUGCAGAGGCACUUCAGAACUUUGAUGCCAUCAUGUCGUCCUAUUUUUCCAUAAAGAAAACAAAGAAGCAUCUGGACAUUGUCAAUGUCUACUGCCACAGACACAGAAGUGAGCAGGAGUUUGCAGCUGCAGGCAGUAUCUGCGAUGACAUCGUCACAUCACAUAGAAGGGCACAAGGAGGAAGCAUUAUUCAAGAUGUGCUGCGGUCGAAAGAAUUCUGGGAUGGAAGUAAAGUAGACCUGUUAUUUAUGAAAUUCAGAGCAAUGAUUUGCUUCAUACCAGGAAUACUCUAUGGUACUGAGAGAGAUGUGUUGUAUGAUACAAUAGAUGAGAUUCAUGAACUCUAUGUUUUAUACAGCCUCUCUGAUAUAGAUGAUUUUUAUGACUAUGAUGAGCUUCUGGACCCAUGUAUUGAAACUAGACUGGAUGUUAAGGUUUUGGAAUCACUUGAGUCACAGAUAAAGAGAAAAACUCAUCUGAUGGACCAAGUAAGUUUCAAAGAACCCAAGAGUCUUUAUGUUCUACCAUCCUUGCUGCCUAAACUGAUGCCCAAAGAGAUUGAAUUGAUAUUUGAAUAUUCAAAUGUAACAUUUUCACAACUCAGUGAAACUCUGAAGUCUGCUGUCCAUAACAGCAUUCGUACAGAGGUUUCUCUUUUUGUGAAUCUAAGUGAUUGGGCACAACUUCCAGGACAGGAGGAGGAGGAGGAGGUUUUACCUCCAGUGGAUAAAUUAAGUUUGACCAUUAGGAGUGAUAUUCGUGAUGCUGUACCACCCGAAAACUUAGACAGCGUGAGGAGGCCCUUUUCUCUCGCAGCUCCACCAAAGGAAUUACUGACAUUUAAGUACCUUACGUCUGGAGUUCAUCUGCGGGAGCGUUACAUCGCCGACGCCAUAAACAGAACGUUUCCAACAACCAGGGAAGAAGGAGGAGGAGGAGGAAGAGGCUCCACUGAUUUAGAGAUUGUCUUAUUUAAAGGUCCUCCUCCUGACAUAAAGCUCCUACUCCAGUCGCUGACUGUUCCUCCUCCGCCUCUGAGGGUAAUGUGGAUUGAUUUGGUUUUUUUUCCAAUGAUUGAUUAUGAUGAUGAUGAUGUGGAAGAAUGGAAGCAACUCUGCAAGAAGAAGGGAGUGAAGCACUUACGAAAGGCCGAAGAAGAAGAAGAAAAGAAGAAAAAGAAGAAGACAGCAGGAGACAGCAGCUGCAGCAGCAUCUCCUCCAAGUGGAGGAGGGAAAAGGCGGAGGAGGAGGAGGAGAAGAGGCAGCAGCAGCAGCAGCAGUUGACUGCAACCAGGUGCCACUCAGACUGCAACAGUAUCAUCCCAGAAAGCAAGAAGGUCCAGGGGCGCUUCUUCCACCAGAGGCAACGCCGAGCAGAAAGUCUUCCUCCGAAGGGGACCACUACUUCUUCUUCCCCUUCCAAAGACAUAAAGUGCAGCACACAACACUAUAAAGAACAAGGCGUGAUCCGACCUGCAGCUUACACGGGGAUCCCUUCCGAGGGCAACAAAGGCCACAGGCUGGAGGAGAGAGGUGGUGUUGGGAGGAAGGAACUCAAGCUGGACUCCUUUGGAAUAAAGAUCGAGAGGGUGACCACCUGCGUUGUCCAUUAUCAGCAAGACCUUGAAGUUGAUGUCCAAAUCGGCCAGAUGCAGCUUCCCCAUGUAGGGAAACAGACUUAA